AUGGUUUCCGCCGCCGCACUUGCUGGUGCCCUGCUCCUCGGAGCUGGAGCAGUCAGCGCUCAGAAUUACUCCACCGUUAACCUCGCCGACGUCGACAUCGCUUCUGCGCCCAACAACACUCUCUUCAACCGCUGGAGGCCCUCGUCUCGCUUCUUGGCACCUCACUCAUGGAUGAACGAUCCUUGCGCGCCUUCAUACGACCAUGCUACUGGUCUUUAUCACAUGAUGUACCAAUGGCACCCCAAUCAUAUACAGUGGGGUAACAUUUCUUGGGGACACGCUGUCUCCUAUGAUCAGGUUACCUGGACCGACGUUGGUGGCUGGCAAGAUAACAAGGCCGAGCCGUUGGCCACUGGGCCCAACGGCACUUCUGACCACCUCGGUGUGUUUUCUGGAUCCGCUCAAUUCCUUCCUCGCAACCAGUCUUACGGCUUGGACGGAACCGUCAUGGUCGUCUUCUACACUGGUGUUGACAAGCUUCCCACCAACUGGGCCAAGACUUACUUGAAUGGAACCGAGGCGCAGAGCCUUGCUAUCUCCACUGACGGUGGAAAGAGCUUCACCAAGAUUGAGGAUGUCAUUCCCCAGCCUCCGCCGCAUCUUAACAUCACCGGAUUCCGCGAUCCUAUUUUCGGCCAGUGGGCGGAAAUGGACGACAUUCUCCACGGUGACUCGUCUCUCGGUAACUACUACGCCAUCAUGGGUUCCGGUAUCAAGGGCGUUGGUCCUAGGCUUCAAUUCUACUAUGCGCCACCGGACAAUUUGACUGACUGGAAUUACCUUGGACCGCUUUUCGCCGUCUCCGCGAACGAGACUUGGAGCGAGACUUACUCUGGUUCAUUCGGGUACAACUUUGAGGUUGCCGGAGCAUUCUCUCUCACUGAGCUCGAGAAGUUCGGCGGUGACAACGAGACCAAGCACCAUUACGUUGUUGCUGGUGCCGAAGGUGGCAACACCACUCUGCACCCAUCUAACCAGUGGGCGCUGUGGAGUGAAGUUCAAAUGACCCGUUCCGAGAACGGAUCUGCCCAGACCAACAUACUCUCCACUGGUGUUCUUGACUGGGGUUUGGCUUACGCGUGGAACACCUUCUAUGACGCCCCCAAGGACCGUCGUAUUGCUUACGGGUGGAUCAAGGAGGAGGACAUCUUGCGCGGACAAACUGCAAUGGGUUGGCAGGGAGCCUUCGCACUCCCUCGUCACCUGUACACGCAAGUGUACGAGAACCUCAGGAACACCGACGGCAUUCUUUCUCAACGUGGUUCAUGGAGAGCGCUUCGCCGUGCUGAUGGCAAGUGGUCUAUGACGACACUUGGUAUGCAGCCAGCUGAGGACGUUGUUGCUUCCUUGAGGGAGACAGCGGAGGUGACUACCUUUGCCAACAAGACCGUCCAGGCUAAGAACGGCACCGAGAAGUACUCUGGUCUCGGUAUCAACAGCACUUCGCUCAACAUUCACGCUGAGAUUGAGCUCAGCGGAACAGCACCCGUCGGCUUUGUCGUCAGACGCAGCCCUGACGGUGACGAACAGACCUUGAUCAAGUACGACCCCGUCGCUCAGCAGCUCUCCAUCGUCCGCGAGAACUCUACCCUCCUCAACGCAACUUAUGUGGAAACCUACACGCACGUUGCUCCCUUGUUCUUGUUGGACACCUACAAGACCUCGAAUACUACGAACAUGGAGGUUGAGCGGGAGUCUCUCAAGUUGGACAUCUUUGUCGACAACUCCGUCUUGGAAGUGUUUGGAAACAACCGUGUCGCCAUCUCAUCUCGUAUCUACCCGGCGAGAAUUGAUUCUACUGGCCUUGGAUGGUGGGUAGGAUCUGGCGAGGGCAGCGUUGCGCUGAAGAACGUUACUGUCUGGGACGGAUUGAAGAACGCAUUCCCUGAGCGUCCUGCCAACUCGAGCACGCAUUUGGUGUGGGACUCGGCCGACGUUACUCACAACGGGUUGUACUGGGCAGGAAACUAG